AUGAUCAUAAAUGUGAGGGAUUCAACUAUGGUGCGGCCGUCGGAGGAGGUUGCACGGCGGACGGUGUGGAACUCCAACGUUGAUUUGGUGGUGCCGAAUUUCCAUACUCCAAGUGUUUAUUUCUAUCGAAACAAUGGUGCGUCGAAUUACUUCGACGCCAAGGUUAUGAAGGAAGCUCUUAGCAGAGUGCUUGUCCCGUUUUAUCCAAUGGCUGGCCGUCUUCGCCGAGACGAAGACGGCCGUGUUGAGAUUGAUUGUGAUGGUCAGGGAGUGCUCUUUGUCGAGGCUGACACCGGUGCAGUUAUCGAUGAUUUUGGUGACUUUGCUCCCACGCUUGAGCUCCGUCAGCUUAUCCCAGCCGUUGAUUAUUCGCGCGGAAUCGAAACGUAUCCCCUUCUAGUGUUACAGGUAACAUAUUUCAAAUGUGGAGGAGUAUCACUUGGUGUUGGUAUGCAACAUCAUGUAGCAGAUGGAGCUUCUGGUCUUCACUUCAUCAACACAUGGUCAGAUGUAGCUCGCGGCCUUGAUGUUUCCAUCCCACCGUUCAUUGACCGGACACUACUCCGCGCCCGCGAUCCUCCUCGACCUGUUUUCGAUCACAUUGAAUACAAGCCGCCACCAUCCUUGAAGAUUUCUCAACAGCCUACAAAACCAGGCUCUGACAGUGCAGCUGUCUCGAUUUUCAAAUUGACUCGCGAGCAACUUAACACGUUGAAAGCUAAGUCGAAAGAAGCCGGUAACACAGUCCACUACAGUUCUUACGAGAUGUUAGCCGGUCAUGUUUGGAGAAGCGUGUGCAGAGCAAGAUCGUUGCCUGAUGAUCAAGAAACCAAAUUGUAUAUCGCGACCGACGGAAGGGCGAGACUGCAGCCUCCUCCUCCACCGGGUUACUUCGGCAAUGUGAUAUUCACAACAACACCUAUAGCUAUAGCAGGUGAUCUCAUGUCGAAACCAACAUGGUAUGCUGCAAGUAGAAUCCACAACGCGUUGUCGCGAAUGGACAACGAGUAUUUAAGAUCUGCUCUUGAUUUUCUAGAGCUACAACCUGAUCUUAAAGCUCUUGUUCGCGGUGCACAUACUUUCAAGUGUCCGAAUCUCGGUAUUACUAGUUGGGCUAGGCUUCCGAUUCACGAUGCUGAUUUUGGUUGGGGAAGGCCUAUUUUCAUGGGACCUGGAGGGAUUGCUUAUGAGGGACUUUCUUUUAUAAUUCCAAGCUCAACAAAUGACGGGAGUUUAUCGGUGGCGAUUGCUCUUCAACACGAGCAUAUGAAAGUGUUUAAGGAAUUCUUGUAUGAUAUUUGA